UGCUAUGGCAGAAGAUGCAUGAAUUCCUGAGUGUAAAUAAGCAGCUUCAGAAAAUGCAGCCCCCCAUCGUGUCUGCUCAUGAUUGCUCUCUGUUUCUCUGCUCUUUUAAGCAAAGCAAAGCAGUGGUGAGGCUGAAAGAAGAUAUGAAGAAGGUGGUGGCACGGCCUGGUAAAGGGCAGCCUGCUGUGCCAUGCAAGAGACUGUUUGGAGUGCCCCUUAAGGAUCUCAUGGAGGAGGGGCUGAUGGAGAACGGCGUGCCAAACCUUGUGUGGAAUAUAGUGGAGUACUUAAGGAUGGAAGGGAUGACUCACGAGGGGCUGUUCAGGGUGAAUGGAAAUUUUAAAGUGGUCGAACAGCUGCGUCAUAAGUAUGAAAGUGGAGAACAGGUGAUCCUGGCAGAUGACGGAGAUGUCCAUUCAGCUGCCAGCCUACUCAAGAUGUUCUUACGCGAGAUGCCAGAUGGUAUAAUCAGUGCUAAAAUCAUUCCCAAGUUUAUACAGGUUUACCAUGACCAUGGAAGUGACUCACACAGGGAAAGCAACUUUAAGGAACUCUUAAAAGAAUUACCGGACACCCACUACAGCCUGCUGAAGUAUCUCUGCCACUUUCUAACGCAGGUGGUUGAGCACCAAGCAGAGAACCGAAUGAAUGUUUACAAUCUUGCCACUGUGUUUGGACCGAGUUGUUUCCAUGUAUCCCCUGGGUUUGACUGUAUGAAGCAACAGGAGACAUGCAACAACAUUUUGGAAAGGAUGCUCAAGGAUUUUAAUGUAUUCUUUCAGUGUGAGCAUACUGAGAAAGAUGGGGUCUGUGAAGACACAGCAAAAAUCAUUACAGUCAAAAGGUCAUCCGACAAACUUUACAUUCCAGAGAGAUUUGUGGAAGUUGAUGUUCCUAAGCUCUCUCCAUUUAGAAAGGAGAGAUGUAUGAAGCAGUUAAAUAAUGCUGAAUAUGAUUGUCUCAAAACACUAUCGCCAAGAAGAAAGGAGACUGUUCAGGAGAGCCUUGAUAGGCAAUUAAAUAAUGCUGAAUUUGAUUGUCUCACAUUAUCUCCAAGGCAAAAGGUGAACAUUAACAAACCUAAGGCUGAAACUCAACUUCAAGAAUUUCAGGUGCCUCAGCCAAAAAUAUCCAGCGGAGUCCCUAAAGCCAGGCUGGGCAGCAAGGGAAAAAAUACGUUUCCUGAAGAGACAGAUCUACUGGAUCUCAUAUCCUCCGUUAGCAGCAGCACAGGCUCGGUUCACAGCUCCCAAGAAGAUGAGCGACCUAUGUCCCCAUUUUACAUGAGCGCUCACGUGGCACAGGUCAACGCAGUCCCUGCUGGCAGAGAUCUUCUCGAGAAAACCAUCAGGACAGCUGUUGAGCAACAUCUCUUUGACGUACUGGGUCCAGGAAGCCAAAGUUCAGAAGAUUCAGAAUCUGGGACGUCCUCCCCUUCAACUAGCCUGUCUGCCAGGCAGAGAAGAAGACAUUUGAAAGAACAUGAUGAAGCAAGGAAAAAACCCAGAGACAUGGAGGUAAUUGAUAAAGAAAACAUCCCCUCUGGGUGCACGAGUCUAGAAGAUUGUGGUCUGACACAGGACGUGGAAAAGCUGCAGGAAAACUGUUCCGGGUACAUUGAGGAGAGAAGUAAACCAAAGAGACAGAAAUCAAGCAGUAAGCUUUCUGAGCUCAAUGAUAACCAGGAGAGUGCACUGAGCACAGAAAACUUUGUUACAUCUUGGAAUAAAGACAGACAAGAGUAUAGUGGUAUGGAAGUAUUGUCCGAGGCAAGCAAAGAUACUGAAAAUGACCGAGAAGGUUUAAGAUUACCCCCGACUGUAAAAAUGAAGAUUCAAGAACACCCGAGCACCUCUGAACCAAAACAGCAGAGAAACCUUGAAGUUGCUGCUAGUGAGGAUGGCUUUGUACCCGAAGUACCCCGCCUAGACCUCACCUCACUUUGUAAUGAUAGCAAUUGGGAAGAACCAGUCCCUGCACUAAACUCGUGGGAAAGAGAUGGCACAGACCCCGAUGAGGCACGUCUGUCUCCCCAGGCAGGGCGUCUUAUCCGUCAACUUCUUGAAGCAGACAGUGACCCUAUGUUGUCACCUCGGUUUUACGCCUACGGCCAUAGUCAGCAAUACCUGGAUGACCCAGAAGUUCCCCCUUCUCCUCCCAACUCCCAUUCCUUCAUAAGCCGGAGACGCAGUUCUUCGUUGGGCUCACACGAAGAUGAUCGAGAUGAAGACCUGACCCCUGUACAACUCACUCGCAAAAUCCAGAGCCUCAAGAAGAAAAUUCGCAAGUUUGAAGAAAGGUUUGAAGAAGAUAGAAAAUACAGGCCUUCCCACCGUGACAAGGCAACCAAUCCAGAGGUUCUAAAAUGGAUGAAUGAAUUGGCAAAAUUUAGAAAACAGCUAAAAGAGUCCAAAAUAAAGAUCUCCGAAGAAGACCUGGUUCCUCAGAUGCGUCAAAGAAGCAACACCCUUCCUAAAAGCUUUGGCUCUCAGUUGGAGAGAGAGGAGGAAAGGAAGCCAGAGGUUGCAGAAAAAGUAGCCAAGCCCUCAAUCGAAAUGACAAUGGAGUCAAUUCAGAAAAAGCUUAAUGAGAAGAGGAUGGAGGUGGACCGACCAGAGGAUAUUAAAGAUAUGACCAGAGAUCAGAUUGCAGCCGAGAAAGUAUCCCUUCAGAAAGCUUUGCUUUUUUAUGAAAGUAUUCACGGGCGGCCGGUAACCAAGAAUGAGAGGCAGGUGAUGAAGCCACUGUAUGACCGAUACAGACUGUUCAAGCAGAUUCUAUAUCGAGCAAACACAAUCCCUGUUAUUGGAUCCCCCACAAGCAAGCGGAGAAGCCCUUUGCUGCAGCCAAUAAUCGAGGGUGAAACUGCAUCCUUCUUCAAGGAGGAAGAAGAAGAAGGAUCAGAAGAUGACAGCAGUAGCGUGAACACAGAUUUUAUGGUUACUAUGAAACCAGGCUUUACUGUAAGGAGCUUUUUGGAUCAGCUGGAAGAGGACACAGAUGGAUUUGUGUCACCGGUGGAUGACAAGACCCCUCCAAAGAGCAGCCAAGAGCUUGGGCUUGGGAACAUUCAUUCAGCUUCAGUGCCUGAGCUGCUUCAGCAGCUACAGGAGGCAAAGGAAGAAAAAAAGAAUAUUAGGAAAAAACUUAGAGAGUUUGAGGACAAUUUUUUUAGACAGAAUGGAAGGAAUGUUCAGAAAGAAGAUCGCACACCAAUGGCAGAGGAAUAUAGCGAGUACAAGCACACAAAAGCAAAACUCCGGCUGCUAGAGGUCCUAAUUAGCAAGCGAGGCACUUCGCAGACUGUGUAAUGAGGAUGAAAAACAUCUCUCCAGAACUGAAACCGCUUAUAUCCCAAGUCUUCUUUACAAUGAGCAGAUUGCUGGGAAUGGCCGACAGGAGAUGCGUGUUGCCCAGGAUAUUCUGCUUUGCAAGGCUCCCUUCUGUACUGGAUUCCUCCUUGAAAUACAUGCCCUUGUAUCUUUCUUAUGGAACAUGAAUUUACCUCAUGACUAGAGUAAAUAUUGCAAGGAUUUGUUGGACUAGCAAACUGAGUAAUCUGGCAAUUUUGUUGAUGCUAAAUGCAACGUCACAAUUCACACCAAAUCCAAGGUACAGACAGUGCACAAAGUGCUGAUGAUGUCUAAAAGUCUGUUGGAUGUUGUCCCAUCUUGGGGAUUGGAGGGACAUAGAGAUUUUUUAUUUUUAUAUGCUACAACACUGUUAUAAAUCACAUGGACUACAGCCAGCAACCUUGCAGACACAGACUAUAAAUUAUGAUCUGAGAAAGCACUCCCUUUUAUUUCUCUUAAGGGUACAUUAACUGCAGCUCUGCCUUCCUGGAUACAUUUUGGAAAAUAAAGAAAGAAGAGAUGUCCAGCAAUCCUUAUUGUGGUAAAAUGAUAUCCCUUUAUUGACAAAUCAGCAACGUUUCGACUGUGUGGUUUUUUUUUGGGCGAGCAAUGUAAACAUUUCCCCAAACCCUACUUGAUAUAUACCAUCUUUAUUAAUCACAUGAUCAAGUAAGGGGCGUUAAGCUCAUACAAAGUGACCAUUUUUAUAGUUAUGUAAACCAUAACAAAGUGCAAAAAUCCCGGGUACAAGGGCAAUGCACGAAGCGCUCAUCUGAUGAUGUCUAAAAUUUUAUUUCACAAUGUCCCAUCUCGUGGAUUGGGGGCAUGGAGAUUUUUUAGAUUUUUUUUUUUUUUUUUUUAAAUAAACAUACUAAAACACUGUUAUAAAUCGUGUGGAUUACAGCCAGCAGCAUCCUUGCAGACACUGACUGGUAGAUGGCUUGUCUAUCACACAGGAGUCCCAGACAAGAGUUUUGUUUCCAUCGCAUCCUUCAGAUGUCCUCUUGAUUGCAUGCUUUACCAACCAACAUGGAAUGGUUUCCUGUUUAUCCUUGUUCAUAGGAUGAAAUAGGGUCACAAUGUGUACAUCUGAGGACUUGUAUGAAAUAUAUAUCCAGAACAAUAUUACCACUACUAGCCUGUCAGUCUUGCAUUAAUCUCACAACCAGAACCAGAUUUUCUUCUCGAUUAAGCAA